AUGAACGAUUCUAGGGACUUUACUCAGAACUCUUGGUUAAUCAGCCGGUUGAAGGAUGUCUUCGUGAGCGUCCUCCGGUCAUCAGGCAGGGUCCCUAAGCAUGUAGGAUUCAUAAUGGAUGGGAACAGAAGAUACGCUAAGAAACACAACAUCGAAGUCCGUGAGGGACAUAGUGCUGGCUUCAUGAGUAUGAACAAGGUCCUUGAGCUGUGUUAUGAGUCGGGUGUCACAACCGCCACAGUAUUCGCCUUUUCUGUGGAUAACUUUCGCAGAAGUGCAUUCGAGGUGGAUUCGCUGAUGGAGCUGGCCAAGGAGCGCGUCAUGCAAAUCACCCAGCAUGGGGAGCUCGCAGAGCAAUAUGGCAUCCACGUCCGCAUUAUCGGCGACCGAUCUCUGUUGCCGGCAGAUGUGCAAGAAGAAAUGGCACGAGCAGAGAAAGCUACCGAAGCAAAUACCAGAGCUGUACUCAAUGUCUGUAUUCCUUACACGGCAAGGGGGGAAAUCUUGCAUGCGAUGAAAGGGACGAUAGCUGAUGCGCAGUCAGACGGCGCUCCCAUCACAGAAGCAGAUUUGGACGCUCAUAUGUACACCGGGGGCCUUCCGCCAUUGGAUUUGUUGAUCAGAACCAGUGGGGUGAGCCGCCUCAGCGAUUUCUUGCUGUGGCAGGUCUGCCAGAAGGGCGUUGUAAUAGAGCUUCUGAGUUGCCUGUGGCCCGACUUUGGCCCCCUCACCAUGGCGUGGAUACUCCUGAGAUACGCGUUCAAAAAGUCUGACGAAUUCUCUGGCGGCGACGAAGACGUCGCCGACAGCAAAAAGAGCAAGUAG